AUGUACCCCCACGGCGUGUCCCGCUUAAAUAGGCCCGGUGCAGGCCAAAACUUCCCACAGCCGUACUACUCCACCAACAACGUGCCCAAUGCCCCGACUUCCGCUUCUUCCAUGCAGCUACCUCAGCCUACCAUGAUGGCUCUGAACUCCAUCUUGACGCUAGGACCGUACAGGCACCGAAAGGACUUGAGCCGAAACUCCGUGCUUUCAAACUACACCGUUAUCGGGUACAUUGCCGCCGGAACGUACGGAAAAGUGUACAAGGCGAAGCUGAAGGUGGGAAAGAACAGCAGCUCCGAUGAUCUAGGGGAGAUGGGCCGGCAGCUAGAGAAACAGGAGACGGUGGAAGAUCACAGGCUAUUUGCCAUCAAGAAGUUCAAGCUGGACAACCACUCCAGUAUGGCCCAUGCCUUGGGUGCUAACAACGAAGGCGGUGCUUAUACGGGGAUCUCCCAGUCGGCGAUCCGAGAAAUGUCCUUGUGUCGAGAGCUCAACCACAAGAACAUCACCAAGCUCAUGGAGAUCAUGCUCGAGAGCAAGUCCAUCUACAUGGUGUUUGAGUUUUUCGAGCACGACUUGCUCCAGAUCAUCCACUACCAUCUGCAUCCGGACGUGAAGCCGAUUCCCGAAACCACCGUCAAGUCGUUGAUCUGGCAGGUGCUCAAUGGCGUGACGUUUCUCCACAAAAACUGGGUUUUCCAUCGAGACCUCAAACCGGCGAACAUCAUGGUCUCCAGCGACGGAGUGGUGAAAAUCGGCGAUCUUGGUCUCGCCAGAAAGUUCAACAAUCCGCUCCAGAGCUUGUACACUGGCGACAAGGUUGUGGUCACUAUCUGGUAUAGGGCCCCCGAGCUUCUCCUCGGUACGAGACACUACACUCCAGCUAUAGAUCUCUGGGCUGUGGGCUGCAUUUUGGCGGAAUUGCUCUCGCUCAGGCCAAUCUUCAAAGGUGAAGAGGCAAAGUUCGACAUGAGCAACAAAAAGCUGAUCCCGUUCCAGAAGAACCAGCUUCAGAAAAUCUUUGAGAUCUUGGGCACACCUACAGUAGAGCAGUGGCCCAGUCUCCCGAAGUAUCCCGACUACUACGCAUUCCAGCAGCAUUUCCUCCAAAAGGGAGCCACAUACCCGCCCAAUCUCAGCAACUGGUACAAGAUGAUUGGCGGGAAGAGCAAGGGCUGUUUGACAUUGCUACGAGACUUGCUUCAUUACGACCCUGUCACGAGAGUAUCUGCGGACGGGGCGCUUGUGCAUCCGUAUUUCCUCGAGGCGCCUUUAGUCAAGGAAAAUGCUUUUGAGGGCUUGAAUGUGAAGUACCCAAAGCGUAGGAUCUUCACGGACGAUAUCGACAUCACCGCACAGAACAAUAAUUUCAACAACAAGAGACACUACGACGACGGAGCGUCGCGGAAGAGGCAGAGGGGGUAG